UCAGCAUCAAAAUUCCGUAUUCUUUCUUCAAACUUCGCUUCUCCUCAAAUUUGUGCAGUUGUCCUGUUGAGCGCUGCAUUUGGAUCUCUGACAUGGAGGAUAUGUUGUCAUUCUGGGAUGUGGCGAUAUAUUUCUCUGCAGAGGAGUGGGAAUGCCUAGGUCCUGCUCAGUGGGAUCUGUACAGGGACGUGAUGCUGGAGAAUUACAGCAACCUUGUGUUCCUGGGUCUUGCUUCCUCUAAGCCAUACCUGGUCAGAUUUCUGGAGCAAAUACAAGAGCCUUCAGAUGUGAAGAGACAAGCUGCCAUCACUGUACACCCAGGGGGAAAAUGCUAUACAUGCAAAGAAUGUGGCAAAGGCUUUGAACACAAAAAAGUAUGUCAGAAUCACUGGAGAAUUCAUUUAAGAGUGAAGUCCUACAAGUGUGAAGAAUGUGGCAAAUCCUUCCAUUUUCCAUCGUUACUUUCUGCACACAAAAGAAAUCAUACAGGAGAAAAACUCUACAGUUCUGAAGAUAGUGGCAAGGACUUCCAUUGUCCAUCAUUACUUUCUCAAAACAAGAUUGUUCGUACAGGAGAAAAACCUUACAAAUGUGAAGACUGUGGCAAGGGCUUCCAUUAUCCAUCAAGACUUUCUGAUCACAAGAAAAUUCAUACAGGAGAGAAACCACACAAGUGUGAAAUAUGUGGCAAGGCCUUUGAUUAUCCAUCAAGACUUUCCAACCAUAAGAGAAUUCAUACAGGAGAGAAACCCUACAAAUGUGAAGUAUGUGACAAAGCCUUCCAUGAUCCAUCAAAACUUUCUCAACACAAAAUAAUUCAUACAGGAGAAAAGCCCUACAAAUGUGAAGUUUGUGGCAAGGCCUUCCAUUACCCAUCCAUACUUUCUAAACAUAAGAUAAUUCAUACAAAAGAGAAUCUCUGCAAGUGUGAUAUAUGUGGCAAGGCCUUCCAUUAUCCAUUAUUACUUUCUCAACACAAAAUCGUUCAUACAGGGAAAAAACCCUACAAAUGUGAAAACUGUGGUAAGUCCUUCCAUUAUCCAUCAAAACUUUCCAGACAUAAGAAAACUCACACAGGAGAAAAACCAUACAAGUGUGAAGUAUGUGGCAAGGAUUUCUAUUAUCCAUCCAGACUUUCUAAACACAAGAUAGUUCAUACAGAAGAAAAUCCCUAUAAGUGUGAAGUAUGUGGCAAGGCCUUCGACUAUCCAUCAAGACUUUCAAACCAUAAGAAAAUUCAUACAGAAGAGAAACCAUACAAGUGUGAAGUAUGUGGAAAGGCCUUCUGUUUUUUAUCAUCUCUUCAUAAACACAAGAUAAUUCACACAGGAGAGAAACCCUACAAGUGUGACAUAUGUGGCAAGGCCUUCGGUUCUCCAUCAAGACUUUCCAAACAUAAUAAAAUUCAUACAGGAGAGAAACCAUACAAGUGUGAAGUAUGUGGAAAGGCCUUCCACUUUCCAUUCUUACUCUUGAUACACAAGAGAACUCAUACAGGAGAAAAACCCUACAAGUGUCAAGUAUGUAGCAAGGCCUUCCAUUGUCCAUCAAUACUUUCUGUACACAAGAGAAUUCAUACUGGAGAAAAACCCUACAAGUGUGAAGUAUGUGGCAAGGCCUUCAAUAUCCCAUCAAAACUUUCUCACCACAAUCUAAUUCAUACAAGAGAGAAGCCAUACAAAUGUGAAGUUUGUGGUAAGGCCUUCCAUUACCCAUCAAGACUUUCCAAACAUAAGAAAAUCCAUACAGGAGGGAAUCCCUACAAUGCUGAAAUGUGUAGCAAGGGCUUCAAUUAUCCAUCAAGACUUUCCAAACAUAAGAAACUUACUACAGAAGAGAAACCAUGCAAGUGUGAAGUAUGUGGAAAAGUCUUUCGCUUUCUAUCAUUACUUACGAUACACAAGAGAAUUCAUACUGGAGAAAAACCCUACAAGUGUGAAAUAUGUGGCAAGUUCUUCCAUUAUCCAUCAUUACUUUCUAAACACAAGAUCAUUCAUACAGGAGAGAAGCCCUAUAAGUGUGAAGCAUGUAGCAAGGCCUUCCAUUAUCCAUCAUUACUUUCUAAGCACAAGAUCAUUCAUACAGGAGAGAAGCCCUAUAAGUGUGAAGCAUGUAGCAAGGCCUUCCAUUAUCCAUCAUUACUUUCUAAGCACAGAAUCAUUCAUACAGGAGAGACCUACAGUAAUGAAGUCUGUGGCAAGGCCUUCCAUUCUGCAUCAAGACUUUCCAAAUAUAAGAAAAUUUAUAUUAGAGGAAAACUGUACAAGUGGGAAGCACAUGGCAAGGCCUUCCAUUAUCCCUCUUUACUUUCUAAACACAAGAUCAUUCAUACAGGAGAGAAUCCCUAACAUGGGGGAAAAUUCUAUACAUGCAAAGAAUGUGGCAAAGGCUUUGAGCACAAAAAAGUAUAUCAGAAUCACCAGAGAAUUCAUUUAAGAGUGAAGCACUACAAGUGUGAAGAAUGUGGCAAGUCCUUCCAUUUUCCAUCAUUACUUUCUGCACACAAAAGAAAUCAUACAGGACAAAAACCCUACUACUGUGAAAUAUGUAGUAAAGCCUUCCACACUCCUUCAUUGCUUUCUGUACACAAAAGAAUUCAUAGAGUACAGAAACCCUACAAGUCUGAAGAUUGUGGCAAGACCUUACAUUGUCCAUCAUUACUUUCUCAACACAAGAUAGUUCAUACAGGAGAAAAACCCUACCAGUGUGAAGACUUGGGCAAGGCCUUCCGUUAUCCAUCAAGACUUUCCAACCAUAAGAAAAUUCAUACAGGAGAGAAACCACACAAGUGUGAAGUAUGUGGCAAGGCCUUCGAUUAUCCAUCAAGACUUUCUAACCAUAAGAGAAUUCAUACAGGAGAGAAACCCUACAAAUGUGAAGUAUGUGGCAAAGCCUUCCAUGAUCCAUCAAAACUCUCUCAACACAAAAUAAUUCAUACAGGAGAAAAACCCUACAAAUGUGAAGUUUGUGGCAAAACCUUCCAUUAUCCAUCCAUACUUUCUAAACAUAAAAUAAUUCAUACAAAAGAGAAUCUCUGCAAGUGUGAUAUAUGUGGCAAGGCUUUCCAUUAUCCAUUAUUACUUUCUCAACACAAGAUAGUUCAUACAGGAGAAAAACCCUACAAAUGUGAAAACUGUGGCAAGGCCUUCUAUUAUCCAUCAAGACUUUCCAGACAUAAGAAAAUACAUACAGGAGAGAAACCAUACAAGUGUGAAGUAUGUGGCAAGGCCUUCCAUUAUCCAUCCAUACUUUCUAAACACAAGAUAGUUCAUACAGAAGAAAAUCCCUAUAAGUGUGAAGUAUGUGGCAAGGCCUUUGAUUAUCCAUCAAGACUUUCCAACCAUAAGAAAAUUCAUACAGAAGAGAAACCAUACAAGUGUGAAAUAUGUGGAAAUGCCUUCUGUUUUUCAUCAUCACUUCGUAAACACAAGAUAAUUCACACAGGAGAGAAACCCUACAAGUGUGACAUAUGUGACAAGGCCUUUGGUUCUCCAUCAAGACUUUCCAAACAUAACAAAAUUCAUACAGAAGAGAAACCAUACAAGUGUGAAGUAUGUGGAAAGGCCUUCCACUUUCCAUCAUUACUCUUGGUACACAAGAGAAUUCAUACUGGAGAAAAACCUUACAAGUGUGAAGUAUGUGGCAAGGCCUUCUAUUGUCCAUCUACACUUUCUGUACACAAGAGAAUUCAUACUGGAGAAAAUGCCUACAAAUGUGAAGUAUGUGGCAAGGCCUUCCAUUGUACAUCAACACUGUCAGUGCACAAGAGAAUUCAUACUCAAGAAAAACCCUACAAAUGUGAAGUAUGUGGCCAGGCAUUCCAUGUUUCAUCAAAACUUUCUUAUCACAAGAGAAUUCAUUCAGGAGAAAAAACCCACAAAUGUGAAAUUUGUGGCAAGGCAUUCUAUUAUCCAUCAAGACUUUCCAAGCAUAAGGUAAUUCAUACAGGAGAGAAACCCUACUACAGUCAAGCAUGUGGAAAGAGACUCGAUUAUCCAUCAAGACAUUCCAAACCUAAGACAAUUAAGACAGGAGAAAAACCAAACAAAUGUGAAAUAUGUGGAAAAGCCUUCUCCUUUCCAUCAUUACUUUCUAUACACAAGAGAAUUCAUAUCGGAGAAAAACCCUAUAAUUGUGAAGUAUGUGGCAAGGCUUUCCAUAAUCCAUUAAGGCUUUCAAACCAUAAGAAAAUUCAUACAGGAGAGAAACCAUACAAGUGUGAAAUUUGUGGCAAGGCCUUUGAUUAUCCAUCUUUACUUUCUAAGCACAAGAUCGUUCAUACAGGAGAGAAUACCUACCACAGUGAAGUAUGUGGGAAGGCCUUCAGUUAUUCAUCAAGAAUUUCCAAAGAUAAGAAAAUUUGUACAGGGGAGAAACCAUAAAUGUGCAGAGUAUGUGGAAACACCUUCCAUUUUUCAUCAUUACUUUCUAACCACAAGAGAACUCAUACAGUAGAAAAAUCAUACAAAUGUGAAGAAUGUGGCAAGGCCUUCUAUUAUCCAUCAAUACUUUCCAACCAUAAGGAAAUUCAUUACAGGAGAGAGAGCAUACUAGUGAGAAGAUGUACAAAUGCCUUCCAUUUUCUAUCAUCACUUUCUAAACACAAGAGAAUUCAAUACAAUAGAGAGAAACUACAAGUAUGAAGCAUGUGGCCUGGCCUUCUAUUGGCCAUGAUUACCUUCUCAACACAAGAGAAUCCAUUUCAGAUGUGAACCCCUACAAUCGUGAAGUACAAGUCCUGUCCUUUAGAACUUCUCAGAUUCUUUCUACUCAUUUCAUAGCCCAUUCUGGGGAGAAACAUUACACAUGUGAGUAAUGUGGAAAAGCUUGCUCUACAAAGUCAUACUUAUGUCUUUCCAAAUUAACUCACAAUGUGGAUAACAUAUACAAAUGCAAAGAAUAUGGGGAAAUGCUCAACAAAAACUUUAGGGAUCGUCAAAGUAUUUGUUCUGGAGGAAAAAAAAAAACCCAUAUGAAUGUAAAGAGUGUGGCAAUUAGUUUAGAAGUCCCAUUGUAUGACCAAACAUGGGAUGAUUCUUACUGGAGACAAACAUUACAAAUGUAAAUAAUAUUGAAAAACCUAUUACCAGUCUUAUGAUCUUAACCAACACUAAAGAAUUCAUCUGUCAAAGAAACCAUACAAAUGUGAAGAAUGUGCCAAGGUCUUCUGGACUUACUAAGUACUUUUGAAUCAACUCACAAUUCAUACUAGACUGAAAUUCCACCUGUGAAAAAUGUUGCACACCCUUUAAAAAGCGUUCUUAUAUUUCUCAACAUAAAGUAGUUCAACCUGGAGUGAAGUACAAAUGUUAAAAUGUUUAAAAAAUAAAAGUUAACACUUCUUGAGACCCUAAAGUUUAUCAAAAGCUUCAUGCUGAAUAGAAGCCUAUAAGUUGGGGCAAUGUGGUAAAGCCUUUGGAACAAUCAUGUCAUACAAAGCAUUCAUACAAUCAUGUCAAAAGUGGAGCUGUUAGACUCCGUGUUUGUCCUUGAAGACUUGGAGUUGAUAGUCCUUGCUGUCUUUUGUUUCUUCUGUCUUAGAAAUUGAAUGUUUGUUCUGUGCCAGUGUGUGGUAAAAAUAGUGAUUUGUUUUUCCAUUGUAGGAGCUCACAGUCAAGAGAUUGCCUUGAGUCUCACGUGACACAUGGACUGUGGGCUUUCAUAGUGUUGAAAUUAUUAAAUACUUUGUGGACCUUUCAAAUUGUAGCCUAUUUUACUUAUGAGAUGAAAGUAAGGUUGGGGAAAGGGAAGGAAUGUUAUGAUUUAAAGCUUUUUGGAUAGAGCUACCAUGUUGACUUUGGGAACAAGCUGAAUUGCCAACAAGACCCACACCCAUAUUAGUAUUCCUAGUACCAACAAAAUAGAAAGAGGCAAUAACCUCUGAAAGUUGUCUUAUGACUUCAAUUCAUGGGCUGCCCAGACAAAAUAAGCAAAUUAUGUGUUUAAAUUUAGUGUUUUAUGUAGACAGGGGUCAAGAAGUAGUGCUUACAUCUCAAUUGUAAACACCAUGAGUUCUAGAAUCAUGUGGGAGGCAAGCCUCAGGUCGUUCAUUUGCAGGACUUAUCUUGAUUAGUUUAAUUGAAGUCAGAAGACCUGCUGAUUAUGGUUGGAAGCACGUGCUUGACUGCGAUAUUGUAUUAUUAGAAAAUUCCCUGAGAACAACUCCAUCUAUCUCCGGCUUCCUGACUGGAUAGACCAUGACCAGCUGCUUUAAGCUCCUGUUGUCUUUACUUUCUCAUGUGUGGUGGUUGGAAUAAGAAUUGUCCUAAGGGUUCAUAGAUUUGAAUGCUUAGUCUUCAGGCAGUAGCACUUUUUUAAAGGAUUAAGAACUGUGGCAUCAUUGGAGUGUGUCAUUGGGGUCGUAAUUGAGGUUUCAAAAGCUUACAACCAGUGUGUGCCUCUUCUUACUGACUGUGGAUCAAUAUGUAGAAUUCUUAGCUACUUCUCAAGUACCAUGUCUGUGUGCAUUUCACCAUGCUUUGUAGUAUGCUUUUCACAAUAAUGAUAAUGGACAAAACCUCUGAGACUCUAUACAAGCCCUGUACUGGCAGGUUUUGUGUGUCAACUUGA